AUGAAUGGCCUUCACAUCCUUAUUCCUGACACUUCUCAUAUGCUCGCUGCUGAGCACCCCCCGCGCGAAAUGAGUACUCCCGCGCUUUCGGACGACACUGGCAGCUGCUCUUCACGCGAAAGCUCUCCACCCGCUACACCCGUCUUUGGACUCAGUCGUGCACCAUCUAUCUCUUUUGAUGACCAUUGUCAGCAUAUACCCACUGGCGACGGCACGGACAUUGGUAUUGUCGAACCAGACGCGGACUACUCGCUACCAGAAGCCAUUUCCCGUCUCCUUAAACGCGGGCGGUUGGCGGACACAAGGACUGAUAAAGUCCGCGCAGAGAGGCCGCUGCCGUCUGAUAUUUGGAGCGACGCGACUAGGGCCGAUGACGACGCGUUCUUCGGUCUUGCCCAUAUACCCAACAGCGACUGCAAAAGUGUCGGGGACGUCGAGCCCGAUGCAUUGGACCCGGCUCUAGAAUACGUCUCCCGUCCAUUGAAACGGAAGCGAUGCGCGGACACAAGCGCCUGUGACGUUCGUGCAAAGAGAGCGUGGACGUCUGGCACUUCGAGCGACGCAACUAAGGCCGAGGAC